CGUAUGGGAAAAGAUGAUCCACCUUACGACAUUUUCAUGAUACAAUCUCAGUUUCGGAACGGAUUAAUUUCGUAUCCUGAGGUACCACUGUAUAGGGGUUUGACAUACAGGAGCCACAAUAAAGGUCUAGAAGAGCCACAUGUAGCUCACAAGCUGCAGUUUGGUCAAUGGCACAAUAAGAUCAUAGUAGCUAAUCCAAUAACUAAAAUGCGUAGUAAAAUUUUUGACAUAUGCUAUAAAAUAAAUAUAAAUUAUAGUCCAAAGUUCUAAUUGUAGAAUGUUCUAUUGUUCUUUGUUUAAAUAUUUUUGUUAUACAAAUGCAGAUGACAAAAUAGAUACAAUUAAAAAAUGUUUAAAGUAAUAAAUAUAAACUAAACAGGCAAUUUUUAGGCUAUAAUUAGUAAACAUAGCCCAUAAAUUUGUAUUACUUAGGCUAUUAUUUAUAUUGUACAGGAUGGGUCAAAAUUUACAAUAUAUAUGCCAGAUGCUUGAUUGGUAAUUCCCAGGUCAUUGUUUUGGAUGCUGUGGUGCUAAAGAUCUCAGACAUUCAAUAGGGUAUUCCAAAUAAAUCUCAAUACGGAACCUACUCUUGGGUACUACCAAACAUAUUUUGACAGGCAGAUUUCCGUGAAGUUAAGGUGGCAGCCUAGCACUUUGGAGAACCUGGGAUCAAAUCGCAGAAAUUUUUCAGGGAUGGUCCAUCUGGAUAUGUUGGACCCUGUGCCUCAACACCCAGUCGCUCCAUUGUAGACCUGGCCAAGCCCAUAAUGGGACUGCUAAAAAUUCCCUCUUAGUGCUUACAGGAUGGAAAGUUUAAAAAAUCUCAAUAAGGUACUAUUUUUAUUUGGAGGGAAUUUGAAAGCUGCAAAAUAUGGACCAUCUGAAACAGAAACUGUGAAAUUCUUGAAUGCUGCCUUUGAAAAUCCUGCUAAAUAUCUAAGAACAGACAAUCUAAGUCAAUAUUCAGAAACUAAAGUAUGUUUCAAGUCAAAACAUAUACGGAAGAUGCUUAAGAAAUAUAUCGUAAAACACCAGUAUGUCAAAGCUGCCAAAGUAUUAGAAUGUUUGUCUUAUGAAACGGAUAGUCCUCAACUCAUAUUUAAGGCAGGAUUUCAAACUCUAGAAAAUCAUCCAAAUACAACACAAGAUACUAUUCUACAGUUUGUAAGACAUCUUCUGUGUCUCCAUUGUUUAUAUAAAAGUGAAAUUGUUCUUGAAUGUGUUAUCUAUCUAAUAAAGCACAACAGAUUUACAGAAGCUCAACAACAACUACAAGCUUUCAAUGCAAAUAAAGCUAGACAAUCAUUAAGAACCGAUCCUUUGAUUGAAGAAAUAUUAUGUGGAUAUAAUGGAUUAUUGCACUAUAUUGAAUGGGCUCAAAAGAAAGUAAAAAUUGAUCAAAUUGAUGAUCCUUUUGAUCUUUAUUCCGAGGAAGAAGCUCAAAAUAGAUGUGCAGAGAGAGCCUUAAAUAUAUUUCAGAAUUUACUUAAGAAUCCAGGGCGAUGGGAUAUUUUUAUAUUAAAAGUCAUUGAGAUUCUAGAAAGUUAUGGAAAAAUAGAUGACAUUGAAGAUGCAUUAGUUCAGUAUGCAGAAAUUAAUCCGGAUCAUUUGAAUGCAUAUAUUUAUCUUUUGGAAUUCUCCAGUAAACAUUCAUUUCUUGAACAUAUGCAAGAAGAAUAUUUGCAGAAGAUAAAAUCUCUUUGUCCUUCGGAUAAAAGGGUAUUGAACUACGUUUCACUUAUUAAAGAGAAAGAUGUUAAGGGCAGUGUUGAUAUACUUCUUGAUUAUUUAAACUAUGCUUCAAACAAGGAUGAUCUUCAAGGAUGGACAAUGCUUGCAGAUAUACUGUUACAGAUAUUAAACAAUUCAAUCGAUAUUGACUUGGAUGAUAUAUGGAGUGAAUAUGAAAAUUUCUGGCCCAGCUAUCAAUUUUCUACAUCGGAACUAAAUGUUACGGACAGAAAUUCUGCAAAAUUGAUUUUACUAAAGGCAAUGGUUUUGUCCAUUUUUGAAGACAUUGAAAGUGGUCAUCCCUACUUAGAAACAGUAUCUGAGAAAUUAAACGAGUCUCCUUUUCACGAUCUCUCUUCAGAAUUUAAUGAUGUUAUCAUACAUGUGAAGAAUUUGAAGAAAAGUUGAUUAAAAAUUAAUUAGUAUUUUUAAAUUAUUAAUUUUAUUUUGAUAAUUACACUGUUACAAGAUAUUUGUUUUUCUAAACUUUGUAUAAAAAUAAAUAUAUGAGAGGUUUGUUAUGUUCAAAUUAACAUACCAUCAUGUGAUCUGAUUUUGUGUCCUUCGUGCAUUGUCAUAUUUUAAAUGGAAUCUAUGGGCUCCUUAUUAAGUUUUAAUUUCAAAAUGUUUCACUCUUUCAACUAAAGAACCAAAAUUUAUCAACAGAUAAUACGAAAACAAUGUCAGACUCUCACCACAGCUUUCCUGAGAUUAUGGGUCCCAACACAUCUAUAUACCUUGUCCUUAAUAAAAAAAUAUAAAUCACUAUACAAGAACAUAAUCCUCCCAAAUAUUUUAGUUAGAUUUACAGAAAAUAAUUGAUUACACACAAAAAAAAAUGUGCAUUGUCGUCAAUGGCAAAUUACAAGAACAUUUCGUGGAGAAACUGCAGAAAUAAGAAUA